AACACUUGCAGCAGCUGGAGUAGAGUUACAGUUUGAAAACUUUUCAUCUCUCUAUUUAAAAAAUUGUUGUAUAGCGUUCGUUAUCUAUACAAUAAAAGGGUAUUUCUUAUCAAUAGUUUGUUAUCUCUUGGACACAAUGCCUGUAGCUCACAAGACAGGAGCUGUGAAAUCCAAGCAGGGAUCAAAUGCUCAGUCCCAGAAGGCACCCGCAGCAAAGACUGCAAAAGCUGCCAGCAAGAAAAAGGAUGAGGAGGAUGGAACAGAAACGGGUGAAGGAGAUGAGUGGAUGCAAGGGAAGACUCUGAUCAAGCCACUUGACCAGCUGGAUCUCACCGAGGCUGAGUUAAAAGAGGAAUUCACCAGGAUCCUGACUGCAAACAACCCACAUGCCCCUCAGAAUAUCGUCCGCUACAGCUUCAAGGAACGUUCAUACAAGCCAAUCAGCAGUGUGGAUCAGCUGGCUGUCCACUUUGUGCUGGAGGGUAACCUGUUGCACCAGGACUCAGAUGAGGCACGCAGACAGAGGGCCAAACAGGGCCUUCCUGAGGAAAAAGCCACAGUUGAGACCGCUGUAGCUGAAAAACCUGAGACUCCGGCUGCAGGUGGGGAGGAUGCAGGGGAUGUGGAGGAGGGCGGGGGAGAGGAGAGAGCUGACAGCGUGGAGUCCAAGGCUGGCAAGAAGGAGCAGAAAAUCACCAACCAGUUCAACUUCAGUGAGAGGGCCUCCCAAACCCUCAACAACCCACUCAGGGAAAGGGGAUGUCAGACAGAGCCCCCUCCUCGUGCAAACUUCUCAGCUACUGCCAAUCAGUGGGAGAUCUAUGACGUGUAUUUGGAGGUGCUGCAGAAGCAGGAGAAGAACAAGGAGAAGGCGAAAGCCAUCCCCAAGAAGGACGACGACAAAGGCAAGAAGAAGAUGAUGCUGGUGGAGACUCAGAGUGAUGACAUCACCAAAGUUGCCAAGGUGGCCAAGAUCAUCGAGCGGAUGGUGAACCAAAACACGUUUGACGACAUUGCACAAGAUUUUAAGUACUUUGAAGAUGCCUCUGAUGAGUACCGGGAGCAGGAGGGCACCCUUCUCCCCCUCUGGAAGUUUCAGUAUGACAAAGCCAAGAGGCUGUCUGUCACUGCCCUCUGCUGGAAUGAAAGCUACAAAGAUUUGUUUGCCGUCGGCCUUGGAUCAUACGACUUCACCAAGCAGGGGCGGGGCAUGCUGGUGUUCUACUCCCUGAAGAACUCCACUUUCCCUGAGUAUAUCUACCCCACGACGUCGGGCAUCCUGUGCCUGGACAUCCACAAGCACCUGCCCUACCUGGUGGCCGUGGGCUUCUACGACGGCUGCGUGGCCGUCUACAACCUCAAAGAAGAGACGCUGCAGCCCAUCUAUAAGAGCACCGCCAAGUCUGGCAAGCACACCGACCCCGUGUGGCAGGUGAAGUGGCAGAAGGACGACAUGGACAACAAUCACAACUUCUUCUCUGUGUCAUCUGAUGGCCGUGUGGUGUCAUGGACUCUUGUCAAGAAUGAGCUGGUCUUCACAGACAUCAUCAAGCUGUCGUUGGCGGGAGCUGUGUCAGAAGGACCAGAAGGCGUGCAACUUCCCAUCAUGGCUUGUGGAACAUCCUUCGACUUCCACAAACAGAUUGACUACCUCUUCCUGGUUGGCACGGAGGAGGGCAAGAUUCACAAGUGCUCCAAGGCUUACUCCAGCCAAUUCCUGGAGACCUACAAUGCCCAUAACAUGGCAGUGGACGCAGUUAAGUGGAACCACUUCCAUACCAAGGUCUUUAUAUCCUGCAGCUCUGAUUGGACCGUYAAGAUCUGGGACCACACCAUCAAGACCCCAAUGUUCACCUUUGACCUGAACGCCUCUGUGGGAGAUGUGGCAUGGUCUCCUUACUCCUCCACUGUCUUCGCUGCAGUCACCACUGAUGGCAAGGUUCAUACCUUUGACCUUAGCAUCAACAAAUAUGAGGCCAUCUGCCAGCAGCCGGUGGUGGCCAAGAAAAAGACUAAGCUGACUCACAUUGAGUUUAACCCCGUCUACCCCAUCAUCAUCGUGGGAGACGACCGAGGAUAUGUCACCAGCCUCAAGCUCUCGCCUAACCUGCGCAAAAAACCCAAGGAGAAGAAGGGUCAGGAGCUGCCCAAGGGGCCUGAGGUGGAGAUCGCCAAGAUGGAGAAGCUGCUGAGUUUACUGCGGGAGCCAGAGAACAGCAAUGCUUAGAAACUAUGACAACACCAUGCAGGACUGUGGUCGCCCACUAUUUUUACUACUGCACUCCAGUUAUAAACCCACCACCAUUCAUGCCUUAUUCCUACUGUCUUAUGUCUUCUAAACCUGCGAUACUAAAGCCACCGUUCCUUCCCAUGUUGAAGUACAGUGCUGUCUAUUGAAUCUGCAAUCUAGCCUACUGUUUUUCUCACUCUUGCGCUGUGCACUAUACUAAACAUAUAGAUAGUCAUUGUGCAACCAGCAAAGUCUUCUUUACCUGAUGCGGCAAAACCACUCAAGCUUUGGGAUAUAUUUUUUUGUUUUGGAAAACAGAGUAGCUCAGUUUGUUUGGAAAUAUUCAUUAAAAAAUGUAUCAUUYCAAUGUCUGGCACGUCUUGUUAUUUUUGUUGUGAAGGGGAAGAGAUGCUAUGUCCUCGUCAGAACAAGUCACAUAAUAGGAGUUGUAGGAGUACUGUCCUACAACAAUGUGUGGGCUGUCAUUGACACUGUACCAAAGGAGGUUAGUACUGAGAGGACCACAUUUUAAGAGGACAAAGCGAACAAAGCCUCUAAGCUCCUUACAUAACACUUGGUAUGCUUCGCUCACAGACCACUGCUAUGUAUGAGUGACCAUGACCAUGUAUGAGUGACACACUCCACACAGCCCGCUGUUACCGUCAAUACACACAGGCUUGUUUUUCUUCGCAAGAAAAUGUCUGAAAUGARAAGCAUUUAGAAGCUUUGCAGAAGUCCAGUCCUUCGGAGAAGUCUGGUCCAGUCCUCAGACACUCAAGGUUCUAGCCUCUUUGACUCCACAUGAACUAACCUUGUGUUAAACCAUGUGUCUUUGACCUCACUAGGUUGUGAGUGUGUGCGUGUGUGUGUAUAACACAUUUAUGCCUGCAUUUCGUUAUCCAUGUCAGUACYAUCAAGGACCAAGAAGAUCAAAACGGACUAUAACAGUUGAGUUAUUGAUGCCAACUUGUCUCUGAGACACAUUUUUAACUGUUACAGGUUGUUUCAUUCAUUCCGCUGCUGAAUUUAAGAGGAAUAGUUAUACUUUGAUUUUUAAGAGGGCCAGUGAGUGUUGUCUGCUUGACAGUUGACAUGCAGUUAGAGCCAAUUUGUCUGGCACCCACUCCUCUACUAGCCAGUUGGCUAGUAGAGAUCAGUCUAUUCGGUCUACUAUACAGGGGAUCAGUCUAUUCCUCUACUAUACAGUACCUCCCUGAGCAUUUAAUAUACGCUAUGGUGCUCAC